AUGGUCAAAUGGUCGACGCUGCUCUUCGGAGCUCGCGAAAGAGACUCACCACAUCGCCACGCUGAGACUCGGAGAUUGCUGCCCGCUCACACCUCCGAUCUUCCACCCUCUGCCCUGCCUGCCAAAGAAGUCACCAAAGUGGCCCUGCGAUUGAAGUACCAGAUCGAGGAAGUCAUUCCCAUCGAGCUCCCCGAGGAGAAGAUUGUGGCUGCCAACAGCGCCGUGAUAACCCACAAAGUGGUGCAGACGGCCAAAGAGGCGGGCGGGAGCGACAAUGCGGCAUGCGUGGUAUAUUGCCUGCUUGUUUGCAAGAGAUGGUUCACCAGACAAGCCAAUCUGGAGCUCUGGGAUUCCGACCUACAUCAUGUCCGUGCGGUGGCCUGUGAGAUGAUUGCCAAACGGAUCAUCGAGGCCGAGGAAGACCAGGAUUACCUGAUGCAGGAAGUCCUCCUCAAGCGCUAUUCGGUCAUCCGCAAAGGAGAGGAGACGGCCCCUGCCAAUGUCAUUGAAAGAGCCGUCGACCUGCACUGCCUGAUCGUCAUUGGCUCCUCGGGCUAUCAAAAGUGCAUCAAAUAUCUUUGGAGAGGCUGGAUUCACCAGGACGACAAAGACGCCGGUAACUUCGUCGUCUACAAGGACCGCGCUAAUACAAACUAUUGGGUCCAUCUGAACCCCGACCGCAUGCGCACCCCCGUGUACCAGAACGCCUUGCAGAUCACGAUUUCCGUCGUCUAUCUCGUCCUGUACACCCAGGCGGUCAAUACCGUGAAUGAGGACGGCGACCUCGACGUCGUGGAGGGCAUCCUCUACGUGAUGACAUUGGGCUUCGUUUGUGACGAGAUUGGUAAAUUUUGGAAGGUCGGCAUUUGGUAUUUUGGCUUCUGGAAUGCCUUCAACAAUUGCCUCUACGCCCUUCUCACUGCCUCCUUCAUUCUCCGCAUGACUGCUCUGGGCCAUUCCCCCGAUGAGAGUGACGACCGACGCCGCCAACUCAACCGGCUGGGUUACCACAUAUUUUGUGUGGCUGCGCCCAUGUUCUGGGGCCGCCUCCUCCUGUACCUGGACACAUUCCGCUUCUUCGGGGCCAUGCUGGUGGUGUUGAAGGUCAUGAUGCGCGAAUCCCUCAUCUUCUUUGCCCUCCUCCUGGUUGUCUGCGUGGGGUUUCUUCAAGCCUUUAUCGGCCUGAACCAGGUCGAGGGCAACAGCAGCAUCACCAGCUUCAUCAUCACCGCCAUGGCCAAUUCCGUCAUGCAGUCCCCUGACUUCGAAGGCUUUGAUAAUUAUGCGCAUCCCUUCGGUCUUAUACUAUACUACAUAUUCACGUUUGUGGUCAUGGUGAUCCUUCUCAACAUCCUGAUUGCAUUGUACAACAGUGCGUAUGAAGACAUCACGGAGAACGCGAUCGACGAGUACAUGGCUAUGUUUGCUCAAAAGACGCUGCAGUUCGUGCGUGCCCCCGAUGAAAAUGUCUUCAUCGCGCCCUUCAACCUGAUUGAGCUCAUCUUUUUGAUCAUUCCCUUUGAAUGGUGGAUGUCCGCCGAUCGCUAUGAACGAUUGAACAACUAUGUCAUGGGUGUCAUCUAUUCCCCUCUCUUGCUGAUCACGGCUGGUCUGGAGUCGAUGGACGCCCGCACCGUGCGAAGCAAUAGGAGCCGAGGAGAAGAAGACGAUGACACCAUAGAAGAAUGGGAGGAAAUGGCGGGCGAGGUGAAUUUCGAAUCCGAGGGGUGGGACAAGAAGGUUCAGGCCUCCCGACCGGUGGUUGAGGUCGACGCCGAUGUCGUCGAGAUCAGGCAGCUCAAGGAGCAAGUUGAUGAACUACAGCGGAUGGUGCGGGCGUUGAGCCCCGAAGCGGAUGGAAGAUGA